AUGCGCCUUAUAUCUUGUGAAGGAAGUUCCUAUGAGAUAGGGCUGCAACAUGGUGAACAAGCGCGGGAGCAGAUAGGGGGAAGCCUAAAAUUCUACGAGGAUCUCUUUAAGAGGAAAUGCUUGAUUGAUUGUCCGCAAGUAUGCGAGGCGGCAGUAAAGUUUGUGCCCUUUCUGGAGUCCUCGUUCCCGGAAUGUAUGCAAGAAAUGCAAGGCGUUGCCAAAGGAGCUGAUGUGGCUGUGGAAUCCAUUCUCGCCCUGGACGUGCGCACGGAAAUCGCAUACGGCAUGUUCAACGAUGGAUGCACCGCUCUCUCUUGGAAAUCUACGGAGGGCAGUUUCCUUGCUCAAAAUUGGGAUUGGGAGCGUGAACAAUCUCUCAACCUCCUCGCCAUGAACAUUCGCCAAACAGCAUCUACUCCGCAAAAACCAACAAUCCACAUGAUAACUGAAGCAGGUAUAAUCGGCAAGGUCGGUUUAAAUAGUUAUGGUGUAGGUGUAACCCUCAACGCCAUUAAGGCACGCGGCACAAACUUCUCCAAACUGCCUACACACAUCGCCCUACGCGCAGUGUUGGAUAGUUCUUCUCGCGACGAAGCGGUUGCCAAACUGGAAAGGCACGGUGUCGCGGCUGCUUGCCAUAUUAUCAUCGCGCAUCAGACGGGCGGGGUGGGGCUAGAGUGCUCGGCUAACGACAUUGUAAAGUUGGAUAUGGGCGAUGAUGAUUCUCCCGGUGUCAUCACGCAUAGUAACCAUUUCAUACGCCCACACGUGGGCACGGAGGGGAUUAUGUAUUUGCAAGAUAGCCCCCUGCGGUUGAAGAGGGUGAGGGAGCUGGUGGCGGAGAAGUUGGCUGCGGGUGUGAGUCCGGGUGUUGUGGUUCUUGAGGAUGUAUUGAAGGAUGAACAGGGCUAUCCGACUGCGAUUUGCCGGGAGGUGACCGAUAAGAGUUCUACGGCGACGUUGUUUAGUAUUGUGAUGGAUUUGGUGGGGAAGACGGGGUUUGUUAAGGUUGGGAGGCCGGUUAAGUCUGAGGGGGUGGUGGAGUUGAGGCCGUGA